CAUUCAUUUUUCUGGUGACAGGUUUGGCUAGUCCAGGUCAGCCUCCUGUCACAGGCCUUGGCACUGCUGGCACUCACUCGGCAAUGGGUUAAUUGUCCCCAGGGCUGAGCGUGUCCUCACUUGGGUCCCACCCCAACCCUUGGGUUGAUUGCUGGGAUGCUCAGCAAGAGAAUCCAUUUGUCCUUGCCUUCUCACCCUACUGGGGCUGGCUCCUGGGAGGGAGAGGAGGUAUUUUGCUCCGAGCGAAGGGCGAAGGGCUGGCUAAGGGAACACAGAUCCUGGCGGAGGCGGUUAGGUGGAGCGGGUUUUCCUGCAAUUGUAGGGGAGAUUUUCCUGUUGUGUUUCAGCUGUGACUGUCUCACAGUCGCAGACGUGGGGCAGUGCUACUACAGGAUUACUGGGACAGUGGUGGCUGCUACUGCCUGUCCCAGCUGGGCUGCCGGUGCUUUCCUAGAGGGUCAGCGUGGUUCCCGUCUUUGCAGCAAUGUCUCAGCCAGAAGAUGUAGGGUGGGAUCCAGAGAUAGCUGAUCAGCUUCCCUGGAUUUCACUGACGCCACAGGAAAGCUUUGCCUGAAGAUGGAAACACUGGAGUCGGAACUGACCUGCCCUAUAUGUCUGGAGCUGUUUGAAGACCCGCUGCUGCUGCCUUGCGCUCACAGCCUCUGCUUCAACUGCGCGCACCGCAUCCUGGUCUCCCACUGCGCCACCAACGAGCCGGUGGAGUCUAUCACCGCCUUCCAGUGCCCGACCUGCCGUUAUGUCAUCACCCUCAGCCAGCGCGGACUAGACGGGCUCAAGCGCAACGUCACCCUGCAGAACAUCAUCGACAGGUUCCAGAAAGCUUCAGUCAGUGGGCCCAAUUCCCCCAGCGAGACCCGCCGGGAGCGGGCAUUCGAUAGCAACAGCAUGUCGUCCUGCGAGAAGGUGCUCUGCCAGUUCUGUGAUCAGGACCCUGCUCAGGAGGCGGUGAAAACCUGCGUUACCUGCGAGGUGUCCUACUGCGAGGACUGCCUGAAAGCCACUCACCCCAACAAGAAGCCGUUCACUGGCCACCGGCUCAUUGAGCCCAUCCCAGACUCUCACAUCAGAGGAUUAAUGUGCUUGGAGCAUGAGGAUGAGAAAGUUAACAUGUACUGUGUGACUGACGACCAGUUGAUUUGUGCCUUGUGUAAACUGGUUGGGCGACACCGUGACCAUCAAGUGGCAGCUUUAAGUGAGCGCUAUGACAAGCUAAAGCAAAAUUUGGAGAGUAACCUCACCAACCUUAUUAAGAGGAAUACUGAACUGGAAACUCUUUUGGCAAAACUCAUUCAGACCUGUCAACAUGUAGAAGUAAAUGCAUCCCGCCAAGAAACCAAGCUGAUGGAAGAAUGUGACCAGCUCAUUGAAAUAAUCCAGCAAAGACGACAAAUAAUUGGAACAAAAAUCAAAGAAGGAAAGGUGGUGAGGUUGAGAAAACUGGCUCAGCAGAUUGCGAACUGCAAACAGUGCAUCGAACGCUCAACAUCCCUCAUCUCUCAGGCCGAACAGUCGCUAAAGGAGAACGAUCACGCUCGCUUCCUGCAAACUGCUAAAAAUAUCACUGAAAGGGUUUCCAUGGCAACUGCAUCCUCCCAGGUUCUAAUUCCUGAGAUUAAUCUCAACGAUACUUUUGAUACUUUCGCACUGGAUUUUACCAGGGAGAAGAAAUUAUUGGAAUGCCUUGAUUACCUUACAGCUCCCAACCCACCCACCAUUCGAGAAGAGCUCUGUACAGCUUCUUAUGAUACCAUUACUGUCCACUGGACAUCGGAUGAUGAGUUCAGUGUGGUCUCUUACGAGCUGCAGUACACCAUCUUCACUGGACAAGCUAACGUUGUUAGUUUAUGCAACUCAGCCGACAGCUGGAUGAUUGUUCCCAACAUCAAACAAAACCACUACACAGUGCACGGCUUACAGAGUGGCACUAAGUACAUCUUCAUUGUCAAGGCCAUUAACCAGGCAGGCAGCAGAAGCAGUGAGCCUGGCAAACUCAAGACAAACAGUCAGCCGUUUAAACUGGACCCUAAAUCUGCUCACAGAAAAUUGAAAGUGUCUCAUGAUAACUUGACAGUGGAACGUGAUGAAACAUCCUCCAAAAAGAGUCACACACCAGAGCGAUUCACGAGCCAAGGGAGCUAUGGAGUAGCUGGCAAUGUGUUCAUUGACAGCGGGCGGCAUUACUGGGAAGUGGUUAUAAGCGGGAGUACAUGGUAUGCCAUUGGUAUUUCUUACAAGUCAGCACCGAAGCAUGAGUGGAUUGGGAAGAAUUCUGCCUCCUGGGUGCUUUGCCGCUGCAAUAACACGUGGGUGGUGCGGCACAAUAGCAAAGAAAUCCCCAUCGAACCCGCACCUCACCUCCGGCGGGUUGGGAUUUUGCUGGACUAUGACAAUGGUUCCCUUGCUUUUUAUGACGCUUUGAACUCUCUACACCUUUACACUUUUGACAUUACAUUUGGGCAGCCGGUGUGCCCCACGUUCACUGUGUGGAAUAAGUGUUUGACCAUUAUAACCGGCUUGCCCAUCCCUGACCAUCUAGACUCCUCUGAGCAGCUCGCAUGACUGCUAAAAGCCAAAAGGUAGGAUGAUAUGUCUUCCCGGGAUGGCCAGGAGGCUGCCCACAGGAGCUUGCCCGGAGCUGGUGGACUGCAUGGCAUCCCAGCCUUUGCUGCCGAAUGCCGAAUACAGCCAGAACUGAAAUGGGGACAAUAUCUCUUUACUGUGUACUUUGUAUGGAAGGACAAGAAAUGGCUUUAAUAAUAUCUUAGAACUUGCUUUUGCAGUUGGUUUUGUUUGGUUGGUUUUGUAUUUAGUCUCUUACUGGAAGAUUUAUAAAUUAUUUAUAAAAAAAAAAAAAAAAAAAAAAGAAAGAAAGAAAAAAAAAAAGAGAGAAGGGAAAGCCUGGUAUGGACACCUGGAAAAUUACUUGUUUUGCACAUUGAUGGUCCUACUAAUUAAAAUUUCAUCAGCCCUCUACAUCAUUUUAUUUUACAGUGGAUAAAAGCAGGAAAUUGGAAGACUGAAAACUGUGCAGUGGACAAGUUGGUAUACUGCAGGUUUUAUUUGUGCCAAUAUUAGCACUCUCAUUACCAGUCUUACUGAGUGUGAGAUCUCCUAAUUUCUACUAUGCACACGGGAGUGUGCAGACCAAACAGAAUAAAAAUAAACAACCGAGGAAGUGGAGCUAGCCAACACAGCGAAAGAAGAAAUUUCAAUUUACUUCUUUUCACAGGGCAGUGCUCUCUCUGUUCAUAAAAAACAUGUGGAUUAUCUCCUAGAAAUGUGAGCGCAUAAAUCAUCUGGUGAUUUAUUUUAUUGAUGGCAAUAUUCCCAUCUACCAGUGCUUCACCUUCAUCUUUGGGAAACAUUGUAGUAUCACUAAGGCUGUAAAAGACUGAUACCAUCUCUGAAAUCAGCAACACUGGAGGAGAGCAGCCAAUUCAAGGUCUGACUCCAGACUAAAUUGAUAAAGCACGACAUCAUUUAAGGGUUGAUUGUAAUGGAAGAUGUCAUGGUUCUGAUGGUAGACAUGUGAAUGCUUAUUGCUGAUUUUACAAGGUUCAACAUAGCAAGCCCAGCCAACAACUCAGAAGUGAGACAUGCUCCACCUUACCAUAGAUUUUAAAUUAAAUACAAAUGUUUCAUUGUUGUACACUGUGUAGUCUCUAUAACAAAGCAAGGAAAUCUGUUUUACAUGUGCUGUAUGGAAAAACACUACAGCUGGAAUUUGCUUAUAGUUUUCAUUGUCUUCUGUUGUUUGGGAAAGCACAGUUCUCCUUGUGAAUGAGGAGUAAAUAGCAAGUUUUCAGCAGCAGUAGGAAUCUGGCCCUAUGUUCAUCCUGAUGUUGGUGGAUGAACUUGAGUGUAGGCAACCUACUAUAUCUCAAAUCGAAUCUUCUUUUUUUCUCUUUUCCUUCUACAGAAUAGAAGCCAUUUGUAAUUGCUACAAUGCUUAUCUAUAAAUGAUCAUUUAGGGAGAUGCUUGAGGCAUAUGACAACUUUAAAAGAAUGGUUUUCCUACAGUAUUUUUUUGUUGCUAUGCAAGUGGUGAAAAUCUGCCUGUGUAGAAGAGGAUAAAUUGAAUAUCAGCUUUAAGAAAACUUUUGCUCUGUAAUUUAUAACUAUGCUUUAGGUGUCUUUUGAAAAGGAUGCCUUAAUGCACUUUGUUCACUAGUGGGUCCAAAGUAAAAUGGUCCCAAGCUCAGCUUCUAAUUUUUUAAAUACUGAUUCCCCAGGUACCAACCCGUACUUCAGUUUGCCUUAUGAUGAUGUCAAAAACUUAUGAGCAAGUUGAGGAAUACAUACAUGCAUAUUGGGGUUUUUUUUCCCUUUUUUUUUCAAUACAAAAUAAAUGCUUAUCCAUAUUCCUUUGAUUUCCCUUUACAUGCCCUACUAACUGCUGAAUUAAAUGGAGAAAAGUCUGACAGUAUGUUGCUGGUACCAUGUCUUUCAGCUGGGCAGCAUCUCAUGGUUCACAGGUAGGAUCCAUUGACCUUUUCAGAGUUGAUAUAAAUAAGGCAAAAUGUGUACGUAUAGUGAGCUGCAGAGUUUAUCAUAGUGUCUAAUAAUACAGAAAUGUAUACUGUCAAAAAUGAAAAAUAAAUAAAUUCCCAAACAUUACAUUUUAAAAUUGAGCAAAAUGUUACCAGUACAGUCUGAUGUACAUUGCCCAGAUGAUCUGUCCUGGUAUGUUUGGAAGGUAGUUGAAAUGGCAUGAAAAUUGUUAUAAUGAGUUUACAGGACAUCACUGAUCCAAAGCUGUGAUUAAAAGAUGUAGGAGCAAAGGAGUUUUAAUGUAGGAUUAUUGUCAAGUUUCUACCUAAAACGAAAGGGUAUAUUACCAAAGUGCAUGUAGCAAGGCUGUGUAUCUUCUCUUUUGCCAGAAAUAUUAAAUCUAGAAGCUGAUUUCAGUAGUGGACAAACAGAAAACACUGUUCAGCAUUUGGCCAUACCACAUUGGCAGAGAUUGAGCUAGAUGGAACUAAUACCAUAGAUUUGGAAAGACCCCAAAUGUUCUCACAUAUUUUCACUGUAAAGACAGACCAUGAGUCUAAACACAGAUCAUAGUUUUUGCCAAUAGAAAAAGAAUGGUCUGUUAUCUACAAACCUUGCUCUAUCAUUUUUAUUUUAACAGAAUAUACUUCAUUUGGAGCUAAGCCACUUUUCUCUAGCGGACUAUUAAUUCAGGCAGUACUCUUUGUGCAUAUAUGUUUGUGCAUACAUGUAUACGUAUGUAUGAGUAUGCACACACCAGUAUAUGCACAAAUAUAGUGUGUAAUUUGUGUAUAUGCAGACAUACAUAUAUACACACAGACUUACAGUAAUUAGUCAGGUGUUCCUUUUUUGCUUGUUUCUUGAACAUUUCACAUUCUGUAUGGCUAUGAGGAAACAAGUUUGCUAUGAAUGGUAUUCUUCUGGACAUUUUUUAAUGAACAAAAUCUGUUUAUUUUACAAUACUUGAUUUAAUGCCUGAUUAAUCAAUAAAAACUUCCGUAUGAAAAUGUAGCUUCUGUGGUCUGUGGCAUUUUGCAUGGCCCAUAGUAAUCAACUGAAAUCCAGGGGAACAGAAAACCUCAUGUAAAAAUAAAACAUGGUACUUUAAUGUAGUGUACAGUCUUAGAUGAAAGUUUUUCUCUGAUUUCUGAAAGUUUUGUGACUAGGAAUGAGGUAGCAUUGAAUAAUGCUGUGUUUAACCAAGGCAGAUUUGUGAGGAAUAGUCUGCCGAGAUGCAAGCAAUGAAUGUAGUAGAUAAAGCCUGUGUUGGUAUAGUGAUUGUUUUGAGGGUGUGUUUAAAACAAGUUGUGAUUCAGCAGUUAGAGCAAACUAUAGCACAACCUCUUUAGAAGAAAGUAGCAGUGGCUCCGAGUAGUCAAAGGUCUUGUCUAGCAUGUGAUGGUGGAAUGGUGGGGGACCUAUUUCCCUCCGAGGCCAGAUAAGAUUUUCCUUGUGUUAGCCUUCCCUGUAUCAAUGCAUGUCUAAUGGGGAAAAAAAUCAUUCAGGAAUGGGCUGUAUGUCAUAAAUUAUUUAGUAGACUGUCUCCAGCCCACUAUAGUUUCCCAUUGUUGGCUUUCAGAGAGCAAUGAGAGAGAUGAAGUUGCUGUACUUCCUGCCAUGAUUUUAUUCUUUGUUUUGGGUAUCUCAUUGUUUUGGGUAACUCAAUGCUCAGUGAAGAGGCCCCCACUGAGCAGUGGGUCCUGAGGAUAAGAAGCAUAAAAAUCCCUCAGGUGUGGGUGCACUGUGAAAAGCUGGAAAUCUGCAAGUACAGGUGAAAAACCUUGCGCAUUCUUCAUUAUAUUAGCAAUAGUAGAUCACUAAAUAACAGUGUGCAUUAACUGUUUUAAUCCUAUGACAUAACUGCAAAGACUAUUCUUUCCUUAUAAAAUGCAACAGGACACUAUUUCCAGCAUAAAGUGUCAGCUAUUUAAAAAUUUCAUUGUGAGAUGGCCAGCAUUUAUAAGCAUUAUGAGGAACUAUCGGUAGUGGGAGAUUUCGUUAAACAAUUAAUUGACAUUGAACACAGUGUAAGUAUUUCUUUCUUAAUUAUUCUGAUAAAGCAAAUCCUAGUAGUUCCCAGAUUCUGCGUUUAGUUAUGACAGCACAAAUUUCAGAUAAACCCAAGCACCAAAACAAAAUGAGAAGUUCUAGUGGCUUUUAUCUGAGUCACCAAAACUGAGGCUAUUUCUUUUAAUUGGAAACACUGUCUUAAUUUCUGAUUUAGGAGUGCAGAAGAGUUGGACCCACACAAAGGACACACUGGGCCAUCACAGUAACCAGCCAGCCCAUGACUGGCCUGAACACCAUUGGUGGGGCAGCGUUGGGAAGCCAGUGAUAAACAAAAAACAUGCACAGGAUGCUUAUGUAGUGAUGUACUAGCAAUUUUCUUGUAACGCCAUCUCUAAUGUCUUUUCACAUACUGAUCUUUCCAGUAGUCAAAGUGUGUAUUAAGAUAUAGGAAUGUAAAAUGCAGUAUUUUCCGAUGUUGUUGGGUUAGUUGCCCAUUUAGAAAUUAGCACAGUGUUCUGAACUUCAGACUUCAUUUUUGCCUUUUCCACAUGGAGGAAAGUCCUGGUCACUCCAAAGUGAUGAUGGUUGGUGUUCUAGGUUAUGUUGAGCUAUUGGUUUUUAUUGUGCUUUUUGAAGCAAAAUAAGCUCGCCUUACCUUUUGACCUUUGAUUUAGCACUGGUUUUCAUAUAAAAAGUUAAGAUACUGAAGAGCAAUGAUGUGAACAGUGGAUGUGCAAUGUGGAUGAGACUCUUGGUUUGGACUGUGAGGCUUAAGGCAUCUGUGUAGAGAAAUCUCUGUGCCAAGACAGACUGAUUUGUCAUUCAUGUGGGAGUUGAACAGUACAGGUGCAAAUGUUUUCUUCUGAAGUAGACUUUUGCAUUAACUCCACUCUUGGAGUGGAAUAUUCUGUUUCUUUAAUUUUUUUUAAUUGGUUUUCUGAUUCAAGUGCCGACUGUGUUAGCAAGACUGUAAGUAAAAUGGUCUUUCAUCAUGUUACUCAUUUUAGCAAGCCCUACCGUGUCACGUGCCUCUGGUAGGCUGCUGAACACAUCAGCUGCAACCAUAACCUUUGCGACAUCACCUCCAAUGUCUGGACUGACGUUUAAGCAGUUGGUCAAGUAUAUAACUUUCCAAGGUGGGCUUCAUCUUGCUUUGAGUAAGGAACUCUAGCACAAAUAGUAAUACCAGUUCAAGGUGAGAGGCUCACAUAGUUCACAAAGAUGUUUUAGGGAAGAUAUGGGCUUGAAUAUCAUCAGCGUUGAGGCAGUUCUGGCUUAGAAUCAUGACGAUUUAUUAGGAAGGCAUGAAGUCUUCUACUACAAUGUGUCAUUAUUACUGCUGCCUGAGGGACAGAGGUAACAAAAGAGAGAGUUCUGGAGCAGUGCGGAGAGAGAUCACCCAGAGUGACAGGAGAGCUGGAAACCUGCCACCGCCACCUGCCCUGGCGCCAUGCUGCAGCUCUGCAAAGCAAGUCUGCACCUAUUCUUCCUUUUGUUACAGCUCAGACCCCAUUCACAUUCCCAAAUGACAGGAAAAAAUAUCACAAUUAUACGUUUGAAAUCCUAACCUGAAUAAAAGCAGCAGGGCAGGGAUGACAGCCCCAGGCCUUGAUUCUCCUUUAUUCACCUAGGUUUUUACAUCAGUUGACUUCAAAGGAGACAGUCCUGAUUUACACAGAGGUAGGUACAAGCCCGUGAACCUCCAGCUUCCAAAGGGUCAAACCCAAGUGCAGCAGGAGCCCCUGUGUGAACAGCUCGGCAUUCCUAUUAAAUCACGUCUUUGGAGAAAGCACGUUAGCUGCCAGCAAAACGGCAGUUUCUCAUGAGCUGUUUCCCAAGGCCAGCACAGGUGUGUUUUAAAAUGUAUGCUUCUUUUAAAAUGUAGAGUUCAAUAACAUUCUUCUUGGGUGAAUUGUUCAGGCAAUGCUUUGCUGUUUCCUCCAGUCAGGGUGGGAACAUUUCUUUUAGCAGGUGCUGUGUUACUUUCAUUAAGAAUCAUGAGAACGGCAGAUACAUAGGUUAUGACACAAUGCUGCGACAUAAGACUAUUGUUCUUGGACUUCCAUUUAAAAAUGGAUAAUAACUGAAGAACUUUAGAAGUCUACUUCCUCUAACUCUUUGUUCUAAUUUAUAUAAUUGUUUGAAUGUAUGGAUAUUUUUCCUCUCAAGGAAUUAUCACCUCCUUUCUUUUUAAUACACAUAGACAUAUAGUAAUUAGGAGCAUUCCUGAAAACCCAUGAAUUCAUAGAAUAGCUUAUAAUCAAGCCUUUGAAAGACAGCAAAUGGAGGUUUUGUAUUUUGCAUAAUGUUAGUUGUUUAACAGGGAAAAAGAGCUAUAGGUGUUUGGAUCACUGAAACAUUUAGAAAAUGACAGUCAAGUGCCAUACAGAGGAUGGGAAACUUUCCAUUAGCAAUUUAUUAUUUCUCCCUCAUUUUUACUUUAUAUGGAAAACAAACUAUUCCACUUUAAAAUAUUUCUAUUCUCCUUCAGUUUCUUCACCUUUCUUUUCUGCUUUCAGUCUCAUUUUCAGGUUUUAAAUAGCAAGAAGUAUGUGUUUUUAAAAGUUGGAUUUAUUUUUUAUUUUCUUGAAAAUUACCUUUUUCAAGACACUCACAGAAAGUGAAAUGAAAAGUCAAAAUACUAAUGCAACAUGGCAACUUGAAAGUUGAGAAUUUAUUUGAUGUAGAAUUUAAAUAAGGAGUGCAGAUAAGCCAGUCACUCUUCUACAAUUACUGAAUUAUUUGGUUUCAUUAUUGUGGGCUUAAUAGCAUUGCUCUCUAAUUAAAACAGUGUUAUGUGACCUGAUUAAGGAGCACAAGCAGAGGAAUAGUACAUUACUUUAGGAUAACCCUGGAACAAGUCUCCUGUAAUAGCAAUAUACGUAUUUAACCUCAUUAUUGUCAGCUCAGGUUUGCUGGGUGGUUGGGGUGUUUUUCAUUUUUAAAUAUUGUGUUCCCUCUUUAGCAGUAGUUCCCAGCCUAGAAGUAUGUGUCUCCUUUGGGAACCACAGGGUCUAGUUCCUUAUGAAACUGGGAAGAAGUCCUCCCUAUGGCAAGUGUGCAGGUGGUGCUAGAACAAUGAGAACAUCUACUGGCAGGAUACUAUAUUUCUGUCAUCUUGUCUGCGUGAGUAGCAGUGAUGGCCAAACUGACGGUGAAAUAGGUUCAUCCAGAUCUGUGGGUGUGGGAAGAGGUGGAAGGCCUCUCUGGUAGAUCACAGCUAGGGAUUACAACCAGUGGUAUACCCAACCCAGAAUUAGAAAUUAGCAAAUACAGAUCUGUUCCUUAAACCAAUCAGUUACAUACCCUUUUAAUUUCCUCAGGUGACUGUGGCCUUUCUCUCAAUUUGUUCAACAGUUGAGCAUCUGAAACAGUUGGAGUUGAAAAUUUUGGGGUUUUUUUUUCUAACUGUUGGGGUUUUGUGAAAGUACUUUGAACACAAAUGUCAGUAGCUUAUGGCAGAAGGUAGAGGUCAGGAACAUAGGACCUAGAGAUUAAAUACAAAUGUAGACUGAGUUCAGAACAGCAGAAUACUUCUCAUAAACACAGUUUUCAUCAAUCUUAAUCAAAAAUACUCAUGCAGGUGAAGAGAGAGAAACACAACUUAAUUCUGUCUUGGCAUGUGCAUGAAUAAUAGUCAGUACAAAGUAGCAGAGGGACUGAAACAAUUGAAAACCUGGUUGAUAUUGUUUCCCCCUAACAGGUGGGUCAUACCAUUCGUACAUUGCAUAUAUUUACGCAAUAAAGAUGUAUUAUUAAGAAAGUGCCCUGAGUUAUGCUGUACAUUCUUACAAAUGCAAGGCUGAGAAAAUUAACAUAUUUAUUCAAAAUCCAUAAUUCAAACAACUGUACCCAAGCCAUUCUUUCUUGCUAGAACCCUGAUUCUGUCCUCCUGCAUCCCUCCAUGGAGAGGAUGAAAUUGGAACACUUUGUCUGUCUGUUGUUAUGAAGUCAGUGCUUGGUAUUAGUGUUACUUGGAAAUCUCUCAGGAUGAAUAAAUUUAGUCAGAACAAGUACAGAGUUUUCACCAGGCUUGGAGUCUGAAUAAGCCAUUAACCACUUUCAAGGCUGAAUUACCAUUGAGUUAUGAAUGCUUUCAUGUAUUUUAACUGUGCGAGAAGAAACAUGUAGUAUUAAGAAAAAACUAAUCAAUUCUGUGUCGAUGUGGGAACAGAUGUCAUUCUGUCCAGCUACAAAGCUGCUAUUUGGUACAGGGACAGGAAAAUAUUUUUUAUGGAGUUACUAUAUAGUGCCUGCACUUGUGCUGGUUGUUAUGCACACAGAAGUGCUGUAGCUCUACGUCCUGACAACUUUUUAUCUGUCUGUGGAAUUCAAAAGCUCUGCAAAUCAUGCUGAGGGGUGGCUUGGUGUCUGUGAGUACAACUUUCUCUAAAAGUGCUCCCACUGGCCCAAUUUUUCCUGCUUCACCAAAAGCAGAAGGAGAGGCAAGCCAGCUCCCAGGCUCUUCAGCUCUAAUCCUUCCCUGAUCUUUCUCAUGGCAGGAACAGUGUGGACACAGGCUGGCCCUUGUUCCACAUCUUGUGUGGCAACAGAAUUAUGCUAUGAAGCUUUGAGCAGGCUCCUCUGGCCAAGGAACCUGACCCUGCAGAAAGAGAGGUUAAACUGGCCGCAGUAGCAAGGUUCAGAUGUUUCACCAGUAGCUUCCCCCAGCUUCUGCUAGAGUCGGGAAAUGCAAGGGAAGUCUUAUGCAGGAUGGGUUAUGAAGACGAGACAUGUUCUAAAGGCAUGUCAAAAAUGCUCAAAGUGAAAAUUUUAAGUGACAUUCAUCCUCAUAGGAAGGUCUGCGUGAGAAGGCUGGGAUAUAUUUUUUCCAUGUUUCCAGGAAGGCAUGGAAAGCUGCCUCCUUAUGCCUCAAGUUCAGUAGUGCUUGUGGGUAGGCAUGCCUCACUGUUAAUUUUGAAGAAUGGAAAAUUAUUAUCCCAUGUUUUUCCCUCCACUCCGCUAAAAGUUUGACAAAUGGGAAGGAAAAAUUUUCAAAUUCCACUGCAUAAAGGCUCAUACUGCUGGUCUUCAUUGUCAAAACAAUGUAAAAAGAGGCACCGAAACCUAGAUGUGCAAAAUUGUUAUUUGUUACAACUGACAUAGCUGACGUAUGUUUGAUCAGAUAUUCUAAGAGCAAUAGAAAGAAAUUGGAAGAUUUAUCAUGACCAGAACUCUGAUAGUGAAAGAUAGAAAUAAGGUGAAGACAGAAAUAAAGUAACUGGAGAGUGCACCUAGGAAGGUAAAGCUAGAAAAGGUUGCUACCAGAGUGCAGUGAGUCUGGUAGAAGAUCAUCUGGAAAACUACAAAAUUGUGGUCUACCGUAAUCAAGAAAGGUGAUAUUCAGUAACACAGGAUCAGAGAAAGGAUCACCCGAAGGGAAAGACAAGAGAGAGACAAAGUUAGAAGGAGACGAGAGUGUGGUUAUUUAGUUUAACAAUUGAUGGCUGAAAGGAGAUAAGGUGGUUGUCCCUGUAAACAUAUGAUUAGAGGUAGCACCAGGAAAGGACAAUAACAAUUUUAAGUAAAAGUCAAUAUUGGCAUGAGAAUAAGUGUAGUCAACCUGUUUAUGGACAGUUUGGUCUACAGAAAUCAGAAAGGUUACUUCACAGGACAGCAUAAGAAAAAAAGGAACCUUAUUGUUUCUGAGAUGAAGCUUUGUGCAUGGGAUUAAUCACACUUCAGGUUUAAUGCCCAAAUAUAAAAUAGGCCUAAGCAUAUUUUUUAGGCAUCUUCUAUAAUAAAUAGGAAGCAAAUAACAUCUCCAAAUAUUCAUCCUGGAUAUUACAGCAACCUAACUCAGAACAGAAAGAAUCCCACUCCAUGACUGAUCUUUCACCCCUGGCCAUGCUGAGUCAGCAUGUACUUGGUGCCUGCUUUUUAGAUAGCUAAAAGCUGACCAAGUGACUAAUAUUCUAUAUAUUUAGCAAAUAGAUCAUUGACAUUUUUAUAGUGGUGAUUAUAGAGUAAAUCCAUUUCUUUGGAUAUAAUAAAGAAAUUUAUGGACAGCUUCUGACUUAAAAUCCUUGCUGUCCUGAAGUAAGCAGACAAUUUUUCAUUGGCCUCAGUGACACCCAGAUUUUGCCAUUUAAAGAUGAACAUGGUGAAAUAUUGUAAGUCAAAGUUGUAUUAAAUGUAGACAUCUCUCCUAACCAAAGACUAUUCUAGCCACUGGUCCCUUGUUUUUUCAAAGCAAGUUAUUUAUAAUAAUGAUUCAGUAAAAUGGCCAUUCAGGCAAAGUCAGUGAAUGAAAAUGCAUCUAUUUGACCACAGAACAAACCAUCUUGGAGAUUAUAUGUAUUUGCAUGUGUUCUAGUGCAUUGAUUGUGUGCACAAGUAUUUUAGACUCCAAACUGGGUUGCUUAUCCAAUGCUGCAAAAUACUAUACAUUGACAAUUUGUAUUGUUCUAGAAUUAUUCUUAAAGUUUGUUUUAAUAGAUGUCACAAUCAGAUCUCCUCUGGCAUUUCCUGAAUUGACUGUGUAACUAUGAAACUGUAUCAAAGCUAGAAAACUAGAUACCAGUUGUCAUGGCUGCAUCAUUCAUUCCUCACAACAGUAAGCAUAUAUCAGUAUGAUAGACAGAGUACAAGUAUUAAACAUACAGUGCCUGUGUCAAGCAGGUUUUGUUUAUGGAAUCAAGAGCUCCUCAGUAUAAUUAUUUUCUAAUGGAAAAAUAGCCAACAAUUAUAUGUUAAAAGGAAAGUAUAAGAGAUAGCUGAGAAGCGCUGACUCUUUAACUUUUAAGUUAAGCUGAGGUCAAAAGUACAGAUUUUAUUAUGUAAUUUAUUUGCAUCUUCUGCAAAGCAAGUAGGGCUGAUUCUCUGAAGAAUAACUGAGAGUGCUUUUGAUAUUCAUGGCAGAUUGUUUUGGGUGGCUACCAUCCAGAAAAUCUUAAUGGGGAGAGAAAAAUAUUCUGUGGAUGGAUGUAAAUAUCCCUUUUUCCAGGGUUUUAUCUUAGACUCACCUCUCUACACUGUAUAGAUUACUUUCAUAGGUUUCUUUUUAUCUAUUUCUAAACAGCAUGAGUAUUUAUCUAACGAUACUGUGGUGAGGUAUGAUUCAGCCUUCAGGUUAAUAGAGUGCACAGUUGAAAAAACCCCUUCACAUACGAAGUAUUGUUAAUUGCUUGUUCUUUGUAAGAGGGAAGGAAGUGACUCAGGCUGGAGAAAUGUUAUAGUGAAGAUUGUUGAUGCUCUUCAGGCUUAUAGAACAAGAAUUGCUCAAAUAAAAGGUGAGAGCUUCUGCAGGAAGCAGUGAAAAGCAGAAUAUGGACAGGACUGAGAUAGUCUGGUGUGCUUUGGAGAGACCAGUCUGAGGACUUCUAUUAAUAUUAAUAGUAAUAAUAUUUGCAGAAAGUGUGGGAAUAGCUUGUGAAAUGCAGUGGCCCAUCCUGCUUAGGGGUCAUGGCAUUGGAAGCAGCAGCAGAACUUAAAGGAGCUGAAAUACAAGGCAAGAAAGAAGGAACCAAGAACAAUUUAUUUUCUUUUUCUACUCAUUAAAAGGAAAAAUAAAUGUGAAAUAUCCAACAGCAAGAAACAAUACAGCAUGAAAAUCUUUUGUAAAAUUACAGUCUUUCUCCUUACCUUUGUGAUUUGUAGCAUCAAUGAUUAUUGAAAUGGAGACAGCUUUUAAACUGUAACUUAUUUUCACUGGUUAUAGUAACUCGCUUCACUACUUUUGUUAAUUUUCACUAUUUGAACAAAAUGUUCCUUCAUUUCUGCUGCCUAAAACUCAGCCUAUGAUCCUUAUUCAUGUGCAAGCAGGGCGUUAGGUCCUUAGGUAUUUCCCAAUCCAUGCAAGUGUGUAUUUAAUCCUAUCUCCUUAUAAACCCUGGGCCCUUCCAAUAGCAUGGUGGAAAUGCAGAGCCACUUUAUUCUGGCUCUGGUGGCCCCUACCAAGGUUUUUGUUGAAUGACGUAACUGACUUGGCAGUGUCCCUGUGAGGCCUCUAGGUCUGGGUGCUUGGUGGGUUGAUGUGGCAGAUAUAGGGCUGAUUUGUCUUUUACACAGAAGCAGGCACUGAUUAAGUGGCUAAAAGCAACAAAAGAUGGUUUGAGGCUGAACUGCUGGAACGGAAUGUGUCUGAAGGGUGGUGAGGACGUUUGAUGCUGGAUGAUGAGGAAGUUUUGCCAAGACAUUGGUGAGGUCUUGCUAUCAAGGAUGUAAAUUAAAUGUAACUACAGUCACUGUAAUCCAAAAGGAUUUUGAUGAAAGUUUUGUAAGGUUAUUGUGCUCCGAAUGGUGUUGCAAUAUGGAAUUUAUGUAAAUGUAGAUGAACUGAUGUUUAGUUAUUGGAAUAAGAUACUGCAGAUGUAUUGUGAGAUAUAUAAAAAUGAAUGUGUAACCUAGAUGAUUUGGGUUAUAAAAGAUGGUGCUUUGGCCGUCUGUCAGUGAUUUUCCUUUGCCAGGUUAAGGAAAUUGUGGAUAUGAAAAGAAAUAACAACAAUUUAUUAGCAAGUUUUGGAUUGUAUGAAUGUGUCUUGAUUUUUGUAAUAAAGAAUGUUAACUCUA